AUGGUUCGAUCUCUCAUUCACCUCCCAGACGAGAUCUUAAAUUCUGUACUAUGCUACUCCUCCCCUCGGUCGUGCGCCGCCCUCGAACAAACCAACACGCGAUUCCGACCUGUAACAAAUGAACCUCUACUAUGGCGUGAAUAUUGCCAGUCGCACUACAAAUUUUGGGAUAACCGUCACGAGAUACGCCAGAAGUUAUCCCGCCCGGUACAAUCAACGGACUGGAAGGCGCUUUUUGUGUCCAGAUACUUGGUUGAUUGCUCCGUGACUCGGAUUCUGGGUAGUAUCCUUGACAGUCAGACAGGUCGAAUCGAGAAGUUUCGCUCGGUGGUAGAUCUUGGAUACGACGCCAAAGAUACCCUGUUACGACACGGCUGCGUGAACUCCGGAGACGAUGUAUUGGCCAGAAGGUGGGCUUGUCUCCAUGAAAUUGGCAUAUAUUGCCCGCAGGUUGACCAAUGCUUUGUGGUAAAAGGAAUUGACCCAGGCCGAGAAUAUCAUACCUUGGACCAUAACUUCCUCGGUAUGGCCCUCCAGACCACAGGGCACAAUUCUUUACCGCUGGUAUCUGCCGUUAUAUUCUGCUUUGUUGCACGUGGAAUUGGUUUGAAUGCACAACCUUGUGGGUUCCCAUUCCAUGUCCAUGUUAUUGUUACCCCUCAACCGGGUUUGGACAUGGAAGGCAACACUGUGGCCGAGGACAGGAAAGGAGAGCCUCUGUAUCUAGAUCCAUUCCGAGGAGCGAGGGAGACACCGAUCUCAGCAUUGCGUAGCCAAUUGGCCUUCCUAGGAAUGUCAACCCAGGACCAAAUCACCACGUUGGGCGAGUCCGAUACCUCGGCCGUGGUUUUGCGCUGUGGCAAGAAUAUCUUGAACUCGAUCCGACUUGAAUCUCAACAUCCCGAGGCGCUUAAUACUUCGAUGGAUGUCGUGAGCGCAAAAUAUGCCGCAAUCUGGUCUGUGAUGCUACUGUCGAGUGAUUCGAGACCGACAGACCUCCGUCAUCACCUGCCACGGCUCAUGGAAUUGUUUGUCGCUGACUUUCCCUCCGACCUUUUUUUGAUCGAGAAGUACAUCGUGCCUCUGUUUCAAGGGCUGUACGAGCACGAGCACAUUUUGGAGAGGCUGCAUGUAAUGAAGACCGUGGAUGAGAUCCCGAAGCGGGUUCGAAGACGAAGCGAAGGGAAUACAAGCAUCCGAUACGCAGUGGGCCAGGUAUUCCGCCACCGUCGCUACAACUACACGGCUGUCAUCACGGGGUGGGAUUCGGAGUGCGGUGCAGGCGAGCCGUGGAUGAUGAGAAUGGGUAUUGAUCGACUAGAAGCUGGCAGGCACCAAAGCUUCUAUCACGUCCUGUAA